UAGCAAUCAUACGACGACGAUUUUAUCGUCGCAAUUUUGAAUUUAAAAAUACUUCGCGCAUUUGUGGGCUGGGAAAUAUCGAUCAAAAACGACCACGCUUUGCUCUCGACCUUCGGGAGGUCAGGAAUUGCAUUAUUGAUCGACCACAUGAAAAUAUCCAACAUAUUUGAAAUGAAACGAAAGGUAUAGCUCACCCCGGGUGAGCUCAGUGGCAACAAACAUCUGCUUCGGAUCGAAAUGAGCUUCACGGCAACCCGUCGACGAACCGCGUGUGUUUUUCAUGAUUAAUAUUCAAUAUAGAGAUUGCCGACUGCGUUUGAACUGGUGGUUCGCACGCCGUGAGAUCUUAUUAUGAAAGUGGCCACCGACAUUGCACCCCAGAGCGUGAAAUUAAACACUGAAACGCACUACCCAGCUGCACGGUCCAUAAACACAGCGAUGGCGUAGAUAACAUCUCGCCUAUUAAAACACAGCCCACGUACUUAAAGCUUCAAAAAUAGUUUCUUUUUUCCGAACUGUACGCAGUUGCUAUCAAUCGCAUUGAAAUCUCGGCCGAAACCUGUGCCGUCGUUCGAGAGGAAGCCAUCCAAUACAAGCGGAAUGCGCGCGGCAGGGACAAACGUUAUUAUUAUGGCACUUGAAAGGAUUCAUUUAAAAUAUCCCCUGGGGUUGCAUUCACAGUGCUUGCUAAUCUAAUAAAGGAAAUCCAUGUUGAUGGAUAACCGCAGGAGGUAAACCUAAACUGUGUACAAACUGUCUCGAAAUGAAAAUCGCCAUUUCACAAACAUGACAUCGGCCCGGCUUGCUCAUCUGAAAGCGGGGCUACAAGCUUGAGCCGUACUUGAGCGGCAAGAAUCAUCGCGCCGAGGCAAAGUUUGAUCAAAACCGCAAUACGACGAGACCACGCGAUGCGUCCAGGGGGCGCGAUCAAGUCCGCCAUAGGGAUCUAGAUCGUGGCGGGAGAUUAUUCCUUUCGCUAUUUAAUAAAAACAAUUCGUUCAUCUCCGGGUGUCAAGAUAAAGGGAGAAUGCACCACGUGCAUUGCGGGGUGUUUUUUUACAACGCUAUUUCACAACAGAUAAACGUAGCUCAACCAAGCGUGGGCAGCCUUCAGGUUGGAAUAUAAGCUUGUAACACAGACCAAUACGGUGUUGGAAUACGGCCCUUCGUCGCAGCGGCGGUAAAAAAGGGCAACGGGGAAUUAUUUGACACCAGGGGUAUGAACUCAAUGUUAUCCAUUUCAAACAGCUGUGGGGAGCCGACAUAUUGUGAUGUGCGAUUGAUGACUCAAUUUCAAAAGACCGCGAGAAGUUUUCAUGCCAACAAGCACGGUGAACGAAUCGCGCUUGCAAAUAUGGAAAGAAAGCAGAUCGAAUCGACGUUUAAUGACACGCUCUCGAGGUUUGCAGAUCUAACGGGUAAUAAAAUGGACGCGGGAAUUGAAUAUCAUCGCGACUUGGAAUUCGGCAAAUCCUGCGCCAAAACAUAUUCGCCAGGAAGUUCAAGUUCACAAGCGACUAGUCGGGUAAAUUUUGACAAGCGGCAGCCAAGCGCUGGUGAGAUGGGGUCGAGUUAUUUCUCGUUCCCUGCGUAUCAUUCGAACCCUUCUUCUCCGAAUCGCGAAAGCGCCAAUUUUCACGAAGAACGAACGGUAGAAUCAAGCGACGAAGAAACGCAAUACGUUCAUGGGAGUUCAGAACCGGACAAUAAGCGUUCGCCCCCCACUGGCCGGCGCCAUGAACAUAGGGAAAGCGAGCAAAGUACAUUGGUUGCGGUAAAUUCGCGAGUAAUAUACGAGGACGGUCACACUAGCUCGGGUGCGAGUCGUGCAUGUCCUGGCAGCCCAUGUUCGCCGCAAAACACUGACAAGAACAUCAGCGUUAUCUACUUCAAAGACAGCCAGUAUAACCGUCAGUUCAAUCGCAGAUUUCCCCAAACGCCGAUCCGCGUCGAAGAUCAAUUCCAUGGCCUCGAAGGACAGCAGGUCGACGCAAGCGAGGUCAUGGAGACGAGCGUGUCGCUUGGGCUACCCGAAGGUGCACCGAGCAUGAUCCCGCACAUUUAUUCAUCUUCGACAUCGACAACGUUGUCCUCGGCAACGACUCCUUACAAAUCGCGGAAGACGCAGGAGGGGGUAAGAGACGAAACAAUUCAUACAACUUUCGUUUGCGAAUGGCAAGAGCCCGUGCUCGGGACGGAUGACGACGUUUGCGGAAAGGAAUACGAGACGCUUCAGAACGUCGUGGACCAUUUACGAGACGAACACUUGACGAACGCGCUGGGCAACUAUUCGUGUUUUUGGCGGGAUUGCCCACGGCUCGGCGUUCCGUUCAAGGCGAAGUACAAGCUGGUGAAUCAUUUACGCGUUCACACCGGCGAACGGCCGUUCGUGUGCACGUACCCGGGCUGUAAGAAGGUAUUUGCGCGAACAGAAAACCUGAAAAUCCACAUUCGCACGCACACGGGCGAGAAGCCGUUCCUCUGCGAGUACCCCGGAUGCAGUCGAAGGUUCGCGAACUCGAGUGAUCGACGUAAGCACAUCCACGUUCAUACCCUCGAGAAACCGUAUCGCUGUAAGUUUCACGGCUGUAACAAGUGUUACACUCAUCCGAGCUCGCUUCGAAAACACGUAAGGACACAUACGAUGCGUGAUCAGGCGAACGCUAAUGUGGAACGCACUCAAAUGGCAAGUUUACCCAGGCCGAUGAUGCCUCCUUUGACUUACCCAGUCAUCCAUACGACGAUCGCUUGACAACAUACUUGUAAGUUCCAUUAAAUUUAUUUUGUUAGCGAUGCAACUUUUACUGAUGGCUCAGUAUGUAUAUAUUAUUUUUGCUCAAUAUACAAAUGCGAAGUAUUGAACUUUCGCUUAAGAUAAACAGGCUUUAUAUAUCACUGUUCCGGUCUACCGUUGCGGGAGGCGUUAUUUUAUUCAAAUAUUUUUUGUGUAUUGUUCGGGCAUUCUGUUCGUGCUUUGCCUAGACAUUCUCGGCUAUUUACAGUAGACUUUCGGCAUUUUGGAACAAGCAGAAAUCGGUCCUAGCUAAUAUUCAAGCAUAUAAGCACCUGGGACGGGCCUCUUAGGAAAUUUUGAGUGGGGAAAAACUCGAGUGAGGGGAAAAGAAAUAUUUGAUAAGGGUGGAAGAAAUUGACAGUGAAGGGAAAUCAGUUGUUUGAUGUAAAAGAAUAUGCAAAAUAAAAUGCUUUCGGGCUCUGCAGAUGACAUUAGUAAAAUUCAACAAAUUAAGGUUGGCUCACAGAAUGCAAAAAUGCUAAUACAUUAUCUUGAAUUAAAGUAAUCCUUAUUUUUCUCAAUAUCCUUUAAAAAGAGGAUUUUUACUGAGGCGGGGAAAGUACUUAACUGGUGGGCCUUGCAUGGCUGAUAAGAGGCCCUAAACUGAAAAAAAUGUUGGAUAAUGUAACGCUACUCGCCUGGGGUUUUAAACUCUGUAUUUUUGAAUACCAAUCAAUGCUCUUUAUAAACGUUAACAGAGUAUUAGCAAAUUUCUGCCAAAUUCCUAAAAUAUCCUUUCCAACCACAUCAAAAUUCCAAGAUGUAAUUGUCUAAAUUCCAGAAAUUUCGUACGUUUUUUGGGAAUGAUGCAUUUUGCUUGGCACCCCUUAUCGCUAUUUUGAUUCUCCCACCUUUUAAGCCGUCAAUCUCUCAUCGAAUGAAAUUCAAGUGGUUUCUGUAUAAUAUAUAUAUUUUGUAUAUAAGUAGCUACUUCUUUGUAUAAAAUUUUUCUUCCAACUGUUUUGAAAACAAAGCAUCGGUUUUAAGAUUAAACUUGUAAUUGGUGUUUUGUAGUUCAGUCCUUCACCCGAGAGGUAGUUUUCUCGUGCUGUGAUUUCAUUUCGACGCAAUUUAUCCAAUCAGCGACGCCGGAACGAUACAAAAUCAACGGGGGGGGGGGAUUUUUGUUAAGUGUAUACUUCUGUGAGGGUUUUCGGUCAGACAUUGCACUAUUCUUGAAACUUUGUUAGCUGUAUUGCUAGUGUUGAGACAUGCCCAAAGCAGAUCUAUUCAUGGACGAAUUGCAAUGUAAUGCUUUAAAUCAUCCAUUCCCUCGCCACCGCUAGUUAAAGCCGGGUAAAAGGGGAGCUUCCCCUGCUUUCUACCUCCAGCCUCCAGUUCCAGCGUCGCUGAUUCGUUAUUAAACUGAAUUACAUUCCGGCAAAUUGUAAAAAAUAAAACAAAAACAAGCCUCACUUAAACACAUAGAAGCUAUAUUACAAACAUUACAAACAAAGCAACCUUGUUUUAAAAUGCUUAAAAUGCAUUAUUGCUUUGUUUAAGAGAAACGAGGACUUGAAGGUGUGUAAUAAUGUAGACUUCGCAUAAAUGAAUUGAAAACUUUUUAUUAAUAAAUAUUUUGUUUUUUAUUAAUAAAUGUUUU